GUUUAGUAGCGGGCAGGAUUAUCUGUUUCCUGUUUUUGGUGUUUCACUAAAACGUGUCCGGCCUAGCUGGAGUUUCUCCUCUGUGUCACUUUCAAACCUUCACCAUGUCUGGACGCGUGCUCGUUGGGGUGAAGCGCGUUAUAGAUUAUGCAGUCAAGAUCCGCGUGAAGCCAGACAACAGCGGUGUGGUGACAGAUGGCGUGAAGCACUCGAUGAACCCUUUCUGUGAAAUUGCUGUGGAGGAGGCAGUGAAGCUGAAGGAGAAGAAACUGGUGAAGGAGGUGGUUGCUGUCAGCUGUGGACCACAGCAGGUUCAGGAGACGAUCCGUACGGCUCUGGCCAUGGGAGCAGACCGGGGCAUCCAUGUGGAGGUCAGUGGCAAAGACUACGAGAGCCUGGGCCCUUUGCAGGUCUCUAAGAUCAUGGCCGCUUUAGCCAAGAAGGAGGAGGCUCAGCUACUUAUUCUGGGAAAGCAGGCCAUUGAUGACGACUGUAAUCAGACUGGACAGAUGACAGCAGCCUUACUGGAUUGGCCUCAGGGCACUUUUGCAUCAGAGGUGACAGUGGAAGGAGAGAAGCUGAAGGUGGUGAGGGAGAUCGACGGUGGACUGGAAACCAUAAAAAUCAACUUACCUGCGGUGCUGACGGCCGACCUCAGACUCAACACACCCAGAUAUGCCACACUGCCCAACAUCAUGAAAGCCAAGAAGAAGAAGAUCACUCAGGUGAAGCCCUCAGAUCUGGGAGUGGACCUGACGUCACGUCUGCAGGUGCUGAGAGUGGACGAGCCUCCACAGAGGCAGGCCGGCGUGAAGGUGGAGACGGUGGACGACCUGGUGUCCAAACUGAGGGAGUGUGGCAGGAUAUAGAGGGGGCAGUGACCACUGGCUCCAACAGCAGAGGGAGGGUGAGGAUUAACUCUGCUCUGGAUCCACUCAUAGGAGACCCCCACACCGCAACUGUCUGUAUUUCUCUACAGGACCUGGACUGAUGACUGACGACCAAGACUACUGCAGCUUCAGCGCCAUCUGCUGCUCCCUCCUGGCUCUUUAACAGAACACUUUUAGAUUUAAACGUGUGCUUGUCUGAGGUUCUGAUACAGAGUCCUCGGCUGGUUUUGGUGCCAGUGUUCACUCAGGUUGAAUGGCAUUACUUGUCAGACACACUUGGACUGUUUUAGACCUGGACUGACCGCAGUCAUGUGACCAGGUGACUGAGGUCCGGACCAACUCCAUGUCUGAAUGUUGUCUGUCUUUAUCGCCUGUUUGUGUCUGUGACUUUAACAACAGUAAUGUUUCUAAACCACUCGCUGUCCAACACCAAGUCCAGUGACUCUAGCUCACAGAGACUCAUUGGCUGUUGGUCCACUGCUGCCUCCUCUGGUCAGUUUGUGUCACUGAGGUCAAGCUGAAAAAGAAAAAAAACUCAAACAUUAAAUUAAACAAACUUAGUUUGAGUUGGAGGCAGCAGUGGACCAACAGCUAGACUUGAUUUCAUCAGAUCAGUUUUCACUGAUAAUGCUAACAGUAGUUCUGCACACAAACACAUGUUCAAAACCCUAAACUGUUCCUUUAUGUGACUCAUGUUUGUCCCAUCGAGGUUAGAACCAAUCAUUGAUCUAUGAAAAUCAGAAUUUUCUUCUUUUUUAUCACUGCAGCCGUUUGUACCUGAAAAACUGACAGAGCUGACGUUUGUAGAGAUGAAGAUGAUGAUGAUGAUGAUUACCAUUACCUCUUUACACAUGUUGGUGGCGCUGCAGUUGCACGGACAGCGUGUCAGUAUCGAGCAGCCACCGUGAUGACUGCUCUGAAAUGUGAUCAUCAGUUCCUUACUUUUCUGCUGACUGUACAGAUACUUAUCAGAAAUAAACAACACUCUUCACUG